UACCUUAAAGAUGGACAUAGAAGACUGUAAUGGACGAUCUUACAUAUCUGGAAUCUGCUCUUCCUGGAAGGUGAGUGGCUGCGUGCGCCCUGCCAGCGACGCAGACAUGCACACGCAGCCUGGGCUCCAGCGCUGUUUCCAAGGAGUUGGCUGUGAUAACACUCCAGGGUAUCUCCAGCAAGGCAGCGGGGAUUCCUCUCUGGAGAAGGAGUUCAGCUCGGCGAUCGUGGGGCCCACGGUGAGCACUCCCAACAGCCAGCACUCCUCCCCGAGCCGCUCGCUCAGCGCCAACUCCAUCAAGGUGGAGAUGUACAGCGAUGAGGAAGGCAGCCGGCUGCUGGCGCAGGAGGAGCGCAUGCUGGAGAAGGAGGACAGUGUGAUCGUGGAGGACUCUCUCUCGGAGCCCCUGGGCUACUGCGACGGGACGGGCCAGGAGCCCCACUCCCCCGGGGGCAUUCGGUUGCCCAACGGCAAGCUCAAGUGUGACAUCUGCGGGAUGGUGUGCAUCGGCCCCAACGUGCUGAUGGUGCACAAGCGCAGCCACACCGGAGAAAGGCCCUUCCACUGCAACCAGUGCGGAGCCUCCUUCACCCAGAAGGGAAACCUCCUGCGCCACAUCAAGCUGCACUCGGGGGAGAAACCCUUCAAAUGUCCCUUCUGCAACUACGCCUGUCGCAGGAGGGACGCGCUGACCGGCCACCUGCGGACACACUCCGUCUCCUCCCCCACCGUGGGCAAACCCUACAAGUGCAACUACUGCGGGCGCAGCUACAAGCAGCAGAGCACGUUGGAGGAGCACAAGGAGCGGUGCCACAACUACCUGCAGAGCCUCAGCACCGACCCGCAGCCGCUGCCCGCACAGCAAGGGGAGAAGCAGAUGCGAUUCACCCUCUCGGACCUCCCCUUCGACGUCAACCCCGGCUUCGAGAAGGACGUGGAGAUGGUCUCUGCCCACCACCCCCUGGACCCCUCCUCCUACGGCGGCUCCCUCUCCCUCAUGGGGGGGGAACACCUCCGCCCCCUCCGAUUGCCCCCCACAAACUGCAUCUCCGAGGUCACCCCCGUCAUCAGCUCCGUCUACACCCAAAUCCAACCCCUGCCGGGCCGCUUGGAGAUAUCGGGGGGCCGAGAAGCAGCCGAGGGGCACGAAGAAGUGGGGGACGCCGUGCAGGUGGUUUUUCGGGGGGGUCGGGAGCCGGCGUCCCCCCCCAACGGCUGCCAGGAUUCCACGGACACCGAGAGCAACCACGAGGAGCGGAGCUCCCAGCUGGCGGCGGGGCCUUGUUCCGGCAGCCGCCAGAGCCCGGCCUACGCCAAAGAGGACCCCAAAACUACGGAGGGACCCCCCCAAGCUCGUGCCACCCCCAGCUCGGCCAAAGAAACCCUGCGGGUGGUCAACGAGGAGGGGGAGCAGAUCAGGGCCUUCAAGUGCGAGCACUGCCGCAUCCUCUUCCUCGACCACGUCAUGUUCACCAUCCACAUGGGCUGCCACGGCUUCAGAGACCCUUUCGAGUGCAACAUCUGCGGGUACCACAGCCAGGACCGGUACGAGUUCUCCUCCCACAUCGUCAGGGGGGAGCACAAAAUCGGCUAAAAAAACACCUCCGUCCCCUUUCUCCCCCCC